CAUACUGAGAGAAUAUGGUCUGCUCUGUAACUAGCAGAAGAACACUGAUAAACACUAAUGAGUGAAACCUUGAAUUCUAUUAAAAAUUAUUGAGUGAACGAGAGCACUUAUGUCGGAUUGGCUCAGACGCUUCGUGUUGAAAAAGCUGAAAAAGCCAAUGUAACAUGAUUGUGUCGGACAGAUUGUUGGCUAAUGUGAUAUUGACAGACCAUGUGUGAUUAAAGCAGCGAAAAAUGGUGCAAAAAGCGGGUUUCAAUGAGAAAUCAGGUAAAAGGUUAUUGUCCUUGCACAGAUUACCUAAGAGUUGUUGUUGUGUGGGUGUUUAAUGUAUUUACACAGAACCAUUGCAAGACUGAAAUACUACUCUAAUCCACGUUUUAGGGAAGAUAAAAUAUGAGAAAUUGUAGUGGCUGGCAGUAAUUUUUGCCUGCUUUCCUUUUUGUAAUUUUCUUCUUUUCUACAUUUGUAUAGUUUAAAUGGAUGGUGUUUUGAACAUUGUUCUCUUGAAGAAUAGUAAAUGCUUUCCAGUGACAACAUUUUACAGUAUAUCACAGUAUAAUGAGGGUCUUUAUGUUUUUAGGAAAAAUGGAUCUGUUGUCCGGAUGUUUUGAGAUGAGUCUCCAGAGGUUAGCGUGGACAGGCAGGGGGGAAAAAAAAUGUAUGCUCUCAAAUUAAUCAUUUUUGUGACCAAUUUAAAAAAACAAAACAUUCAAAAAUAUUGUUGAAUGUUGUCAAACACUGAGCCCAACAAAUGUGAUUUUUGCAGUUCAGUGAUAUCGAUAUUUGAGAUUUUUUUGCACAUAAACCACAAAAACAGAAAAAAAAAAUAGAUGGAUGGAUUCCCUAAAUUUGUUUACAUUUGGUUAGUAAUUGUGACUUACAAUGUAGCAAGCGACAAAAUCAACUUGUCAGUGCCCCCUGGUGUGUAAACUACUAUGUAAUGGCAACAAUGCUUAACCCAUUUAUACCGGGUGCUGCGUAGCGCAACAUUUUUGAUUCCUCGUCAUUUUCAUGACGCAUGCAGCAUAUAAAUAUGUAAAAUAUGUAAAAAUAUAUCAUGAAAAUGACGAGGAAUCAACAAUGCUGCGCUACGCACCAACCGGCGGGAAGGGCGCUACGCAGCAUCCGGUAUAAAUGGGUUAAGGCAGAUAAUAUUAGCCUGGGUUUACUUAUUGGUUGGUUGCUAGUCAAAAACCAGUACAUCAGUUUGUCUACAUCCAAAAUUAAAAAUGAGGUGAAAUUUAAAAAAAAAGAAUAAUAAUAAUUUCACGUGAUGAGAACAAAACCUGUAAACAUGCUAACGGUACUCAUCAAAGAAUGCUUGGAGGACAAUUAGUGCUUACAAGUAAGUGGUAAUUAAAAGAAAGAAAAUCAAAAGUGGCCAAACUGAUACUAAAAGAUACUAAAACGAAAACUGGCCUAAAAUAUAGGAAAAACCAAAUAAGUCAAAUUUGUCUGAGAAUAAAAUUAAAAUCACUGUAUUCUUUGCUGUGGAAACUAAAUUUUCAUUAAAAAAAAAAAGGAGCUUGGAUUAAUUACUCUACAUCUGAAUAGUGUCCUUAAUUUACAAUAAUAUCUCCACCCUCUUUUAUUCACAUACAGUUUGUCCCAAACUAAUUUCAAAUCUCCAUUACGGCGAUAAGAAGUACAAGAUACAAAACUGGACUCUAGUUGAAACUACAGUGGAGAGCUCAUGUCGAGCUGUUGUUCAGUGCUGCACACAAACCUUUUCGAACAUGCACCCAGCAGUUUCUCAUUGCACUGUAGCGCUGUGGCUUGGCAGCAGCAGCAGACAAACAGAGGGGGGGCAAAGGACGGUGCGAGUUAGUACAGAGAGAGACAGGCGCUCUCAUCAGUGACGGGCUCACCGGCUGCGUGGACAGAGCUGUGGCGCAGGAGGAGGAGAAGAAGAGGUGCAACGGGAGGACAGGCUGCCUGAAAAACCGGAGCAAAACGCGAGAAACCACGAGAGAGGGAGGAGGGGGGGGAAACGGAGAGAGAUCUCUGAGGGGAAAGAAGUCACUCGGAGCAGGGAGAGGGAGAAAGCUGGAUGAAACUGACAAGGACACAGGGGGAGGAAAGCGCACAGAGGAGCCUUCCUUGACGGAGGAGCGAAGCGAGGGAGUGCGUGCACAAAGUGGAAAAGAAGAAAAGGAGGAGGAGAAAGAGGAGAAGGAGCCUGACAGGAGGUCGAGCUUAUGAAUCUUGACUGACACAAAAGCGAAGAGGAGGAGGAGGAGGAGCAUGAGGGCAAGGGAUGGAUUUGAUUUGGAGAGAGUAUUUUUAGAAGGAGGAGUGGAGACAUGAGAGAAAUAUUGAGAUUAGAGAUGCUGUCUUUGAGUGGUGGUGAAAAAAAGUGAGGAGGAAGAAGAAGAAAAGAGAAUAACAGGAGACAGAAAAAGGGGGGAGGAGAUGUUGAGAUCAGAGUGUGACAGAACAGAUUAUCUCUGGUCUGGUUUCCCGCAGGAAACCGCUGAGAGUGUAUGUCCGUGUAUGCGCGUGAGUGCCUCCUUCUCCAUGUGAAAGUGUAUUGUAGCAUGUUUCUCACUGUGGCUGUGCUGCUGAGAAGCAGGUCUGCCAUAAGAUGAAGCUACCCCGUGGUUACCCGCAGGACCUAAUAACACUGUUUAAAGCCAAGUCGGGGGGGAGACCAGGAGAAGACCAGUGACAUCACGAGGAAGUCAAAGCAUCAAAAGUGAGACCGCAAAGUGGAACAGAAAGCAAAUGAGCAUGGGAGACUUUUGUGAAUUCAAUUAAAGCUUGCACUUAAUACUGACAAGGAACUGAUUGCUGCCUCUGGCUGCCGAAUGCCUCUGCAAGGCAGUGAAGCCAAAAAACACACACGUAACUCAGAAGAAGAAAAACCACAGCGCUGGAACAAGGCAAGCUCUCUACUGACAGACUGCACCACGCCAACCAAUUCCUUCCACUGUCGUCUCAUUAUUUUAAUUACAUUCCUUUCUUUCACUUGUGUUUUUUUUUUUUUUUUUUUGUCCUCUCUGCUCAGCCCUUGGUAUUUUGUAUUCUGUCCUCCUCUCUCCCUCUCUCUUCCCCUCCCUCUUCUUCUUGCCUUCGCUCUCUCUGUCUCAUCCUCUCUUGUUCACUGUCACACUAACUGUGGAUGCUGGAGUCGCUCAUGUAGAAGCCACCUUGCUUGGAGCACAUUUGCCUAGCUGAUUUUUUUUUUUUCUUCCUCCCCUGCUGAGUUGGAUCUUUGGAGCACACUCAGAUCAAGAGACCAGGAGAGAUGACCAACAAGUAGCUGUUCAUCAGAGCUCCUGCACCACCAGGAGAAGACGAUUUCAAAACAGCUGCUUUCCACGAGGGGACCUCUGCUUGUGAAUACAGUACAGUAUAUUUACGGUUAAGACUGCAUGAGUCAUUAGUAUUCGUAAGACCAAACACAUAUCCAGGUGUGGAUUACAGUAGUGGAUUUAUCCUGGAGCUACAUGUGGGCCCCAGCCCUUGAGGCCUGGCCUGGAAAUGAAGCCUUUCCCGCGGCUGUAGGAGCGGUGUGGGCAGCUAUGGCCCUGGAGGGGCGCUGUCUCCGGCGGGGAUCUCCAGCCAUGAUCAGAAAGGGUUGUCAGCGGCGCCCUACAAAGCCAACUCUGGCUCAGGUCACUUCUACACUGCUGUCAAGGACACGCCUGCACGGCCUGAGGCAUGUUUGUGUCCCUGGUGGCUCAGUGGGCCGCAGGGCCUUCUGGCUGCUGGCUCUCUGCACCUCCCUGGGGCUGCUUUUAUCCUGGUCCUCCAACCGUCUACUCCACUGGCUUUCCUUCCCCACAUACACACGAGUCCACACUGAGUGGGCCAAAGAACUAGCCUUCCCCACAGUCACUAUCUGUAACAACAACCCUAUCCGCCUCUAUAAGCUCACCAAGAGUGACUUGUAUUUCGCCGGCCACUGGUUGGGCCUACUGCUGGCUAACCGGACAGUGAGGCCCAUGGUACUGGACUUGCUUCAGGAAGACCGUCGGGCCUGGUUCAGAAAGCUGUCAGACUUCAGGCUCUUUCUGCCUCCCAGAAACUUUGAGGGAACCAACCUGGAGUUUAUGGACAGACUGAGCCACCAACUGGAUGACAUGCUUCUCUCAUGCAAAUACAGAGGAGAGCCCUGCGGAGCUCACAACUUCUCCUCUGUGUUCACCAGGUAUGGCAAGUGCUAUGUGUUCAACGCUGCAGAGGAGGGGAAGACGCUCCGCACCACCAUGAAGGGAGGGACAGGAAAUGGCCUGGAGAUAAUGCUGGACAUCCAGCAGGACGAGUACCUGCCAGUGUGGGGGGACACAGAGGAUACAGCCUUUGAGGCAGGUGUGCGGGUGCAGAUCCACAGCCAGGCGGAGCCCCCGUUUGUUCAUGAGCUGGGCUUUGGCGUGGCCCCCGGCUUCCAGACUUUUGUAGCCACACAGGAGCAGAGGCUUACCUACCUGCCUCCCCCGUGGGGAGAGUGCGAGUCGAAGGCUCUGGAGUCUGGCUUUUUCGAGGCCUACAGUGUAACAGCCUGUAGGAUCGACUGUGAAACGCGCUACAUUGUGGAGAACUGCAACUGCAGGAUGGUGCACAUGCCCGGUGAUGCUCCGUACUGCACGCCUGAGCAGUACAAAGACUGUGCUGAGCCUGCCCUUGCUAAACUGUCGGCUGUGGAGAGCAGUAACUGCAUGUGCAGGACACCGUGCAACAUGACCCGCUACAACAAAGAGCUGUCUAUGGUCAAAAUCCCCAGCAAGACCUCGGCCCGCUACCUGCAGAAGAAGUUCAACAAGACGGAGAAGUACAUCACAGACAACAUCUUGGUGUUGGAUGUGUUCUUUGAGGCAUUGAACUACGAAACCAUUGAACAGAAGAAAGCCUAUGAGGUUGCAGGCUUGCUGGGUGAUAUUGGGGGUCAGAUGGGUCUGUUCAUUGGAGCCAGCAUCCUCACCAUCCUCGAGCUGUUUGACUAUGCUUAUGAGGUGGUUAAAGACAGACUACUGGAUUUACUGAGCAGAGAGGAGGAGGAGGAGAGUCAUGGAGAGGAUGUGAGUUCCUGUGACCCGGUGGCAAACCACUCAGAGUCGAUCAGCCACACUGUGACAGUCCCCCUGCAGACAACGCUGGGCACCCUGGAGGAGAUUGCCUGCUGAGGCCCUCCCCCUUACCCUCAGAGCCACACAAAUCCAGAGGCUGCCUCCUCCACUGGGUGGCGCUACAUCCUCCUUGAGGGGCACCAUGCAGGAACUUAACAGGGGUGGGGAGGACACCAGGACAAGAACAGGGCUUGGUCUAAGGACGGCGCUGUGCUCUGUCACACCACCCUGUCUGAGGCACUAAUGGGGAUAAAGGAGCUGUCGGCUGGACUUAUCGGCCCUCUCUGUCACCCUGCAUUGUACUGUAGUGGGAGGGUGGCCUCCACUGUGCCAGACCUGCAGUGGGGUCUGAGUCUCCACAUACACGCAGACAGAAAAUCUGACUCAGUGAUGGAACUACCCAAAAAGGGGGCUGAUCCCUGUGCAGCAUAUCCGUGUAACAAACACAUUCAUAUGUCGCUCACUGCCAAAUGAACUGUACAAAAUUGGUUUUGAACUGUCCAAACUGCAUGCGUCGAUCUAUCUUGCUCUCUUUGCUGAUGCAUACGCUGGACUGCAGUGUUGCUUUACUGUACAUGUGUGCCAUUUGUCUCUCUGUCUGCAGGACAGGCCUGUAACAAGGGCCCAGGUGAGAUAUCGAACUUCGAAUGUACAGAUUGAACUAUUGGUUGUUUAAGAUCAUAGUUCAGAUGUGACCAAUCCAUCUUUGAAAAUCUAUUCUAAUGAGCAGUUUAUCAUUUUUUAGUUAAUUAUCUUGGGAUAGAAGGGGUUGGUGAAGUGUGAGCAUUACUUAGGAAAAAAAAUACCUAAACAUUUUACUUUGUUUAUUGAAAAAACAGAGUGAAAUCUGAAAAUUUUGCAGCUUGCAUUUUGCAUAUUUUUUCACCUGUCGGUUUCAGUUUAAUCAGUUUACUAAAGGCAUGUUUGCUACGUGACUCCCAGGGUGCUAAGCUGUUCUCUGCAGACAUCUUUAAAGGGAUGUCAUACUCUUACUGUUAAUUUAUGUGAGUAACUGACUGGCAUCUGGCUGCUGCACCUCACCACAGCACCCAGCUAAGUCAGGGAAGAUUCUGAAUUUAUUUGCCUGCCAGACGACAAGUCUUGUACAAAAAAUCUGUGGUGAAUGAAUAUACCCAUGGUGUUGUUAACCCAUUAUUUCAUUAAGAUAAUUUCAGGGUGAUAGUUUGGACAGAUAUUAUCAUUUUAUCAAGGAUGGCCUUAUGUUGUCCUGCACCAACAAAACAUCCCCAGGCUUGACAAUUUUAAACAAUUUUCAUUAUAAAAAUGACUACAAAAGCACCAUGAGGAGGGUUCAGCCAGGAUACAUUUUUUAUUUGUUUUAUUUUAGGAUACAGGGUCUGCUGUGUUAUGGUGUAAAUAUCAGUGUUUUUUCUCAUAAAAACGGGUACCACGCAGACAUGCCUGAAGCAAAUCUAAUUUAAAAGAACUUUGGUGAAACAUCAACUCCUGGUCCAGACGUGACUACAUAUCUGUCACAUUUCUUCAUAAUGUUACUCAAUCUAUAGGUGAGAAUGUUAUCUAGCAGGCAGUAGCGUCUUGGGGUAGUUGAAUGUCUUGCUAAAAAUGAACGACACACUUUGCUAAGAGCACCACCUUUUCAGUGCAGGUUUAACUGAACCUUCAGUGUCCUCAGAAACAACAGUUACAUAUAUAUGGCUUUACACCAAAAGCUUGUGUGAGACCAUUUGGAUGAUAUAGUGUUAUCAGAGUUUUCUAUUUCUAGUCCAUGAUCAUCCUAGCAUGGUCUCUGUCAUCAUGGUAAUGUACGUUACAGGUAGGAAUGAAUUCAAGUGAUUUGUCAGACUGUUUGAAUUAUGAUUUCCCAUCUGUGGCUCAACCUGCUGUCUCUGUGUACUAUCUCAUGUUGUGGCUUCAGACAAACACAAUCCUCAGCCAACCUGCAGGGAUGUGAGACAAACGUGUCUCACUUCUCUUAGCGGCAGCAACACUGGCUGAUUCUUCUCUCUACUUUGGCUUCAAUUGUUAUAGCAGAACAGCAUUUUCUCAUUUUGUGAUGCAGCAUACAGUGUGUGUUUUUAAUGUGAAACAAUUAAAUGAAAAAGUUGUUUUGCA